AUGGAGGUCAUGCAACAAAUACCGAUAUUGUUAAUGAUAAUGUCAGCACAAAUUUUGGGAUGGCGCCCAUUCACCGUACAAUUUCUAAACGAACGCUAUGAAAUCUAUCACCCAGAUAUAAUAAACUUUAAUUUAACAAUAAAAAAUGCAAGCUACAUUGACCUUACAAUUGACAUUUUGCGCGAAAUAUCGCAACUUUACAUUGACUUUGAAGAUCUACACGAUUCAGGCAAUGGAACCUUCGAUAUGGUUUUCAUGAAUCGAACCGUAAACAUAUGCUUGUUUCUCAAUAAUAGAAAAUCGAAUCCAAUUUUUGCCAUCAUGUUCCAAAUGUUUGCCCUCCAUUUAGACAUACCCAAACGAUGUCCACUUCGAAAGAAACGAUACGAAGUGAUGAAUGUGUUCAUUGAUCCAGAUAAAUAUCCUCCGUUUAUGACUGAUCAUAAAGCUAAGAUUUUAGCAAAUGUGUGGAACGGACGGAACGGACGAAAUGGCAAAAAGAAAUAUUUGAUUAAAUUGACAUUCAAUGUUGUAAUUGAAAGGUCCUUCAAAGGAACCGUGGGUCCCUAA